GCUAUCGUGGCAGAGUACGUGGACCAGAGUGGCGAGGCCGUCUCAGACAACGUGCGAGUGAGCGUGCUGCUGGAGCACGCGCCAGAACCAUAUCGUGAAGUUCUUCGGCAGGCUCCUGAGGAUGCGAAGCUCACGUUCAGCGCGGCCCGGAGUCACAUCCGAGGUUACUACAAUCAAGGACGGACCUUCACACACGUUCCAGAUACGGGCGGAGUCGUGCCGAUGCAGGUGGAUGCAGUGCGAGGCGGACCUCCCACAGGCAAAUCUCAGGGCAAGGUCGGCAAGACGGGCAAGACGGACAAGUCAGGAAGGACUGGCAAGAACCCGAAGGGUGGCAAGGACUCGAAGACCAAGUCAAAUAAUCGUGACGGCAUGCAAGGACACGGCAAGGGACAGGCAGAGCACUUCGAGGGCGAGUGCGGCUACUGCGGCAAGUGGGGCCACAAGCGCGCGGACUGCAGGAAGAAGAAGGCAGACGACGCCAAGAAGGAGACUGGUAACACGCGGGCAGUCCAGGGCGAUGCGGCGGCAGCGGGCUCUGGGCAGCAGCAGUCGGACGGCACGGUGCGUGCUGCAUCGGGCUACAAUGACGGCGCCCCCGACGGCUGGGUGUUCGCGGUCUCGGCGACGACGGACGGCAAGGUGGCGCAGGUCGGCGGCUCCAUCCUGAUCGACAGCGGCAGCGACGACCACCUGUGCAGGCACAAGUUCGUCCCAGAGGCCCCAGUCAACAGUGCGGCAGACGCGCCGAGGCUCUUCGACGUGCAGCAGAAGCCGUUGCCGGCGGCUGGCCUUCGGGGUGUUGAGAUGACGAUGCAGGAGGGCAUCAAGGCGACGGCGGACUUUCUCGUCGCCGACGUGAACGACGACCUGCUGAGCAUGGGCAAGCUGCUCAGGCAGGGCUUCAAGUUCAAUAUCAGUCUGGAGGAUGGGCUCUACAUGGCGAAGGGCCAUCGCAGCGUGCAGCUGGAGCUCGAGCGGAACAGCCUCAGGCUCCCGAUCGUGUCCGCGGGGCCCGCGGCAGCUGCGCACCAUUGCCGCGGCGCGGCAGAGCAGCAGGAGGUGGCGACGGCACCGGUGCUCACGGCGGAGAGCUCGGUCGGCGCGCUGAGGACCAGGCUGAGGGAGUUGUUCAUGCCGAUUUACGGCGCGAAGCUUGAGCUGUGGGAACGGCUCAUCGCGGCAGAGGCAGCCCACAGGCGCGCGGAGGCAGAAAAGCAGCACAAGCUGGCAGUGAAGGAGCAGCUCGGGAUUCAGCACGACCCCGUCGAGGCGAGGCAGCUCCCUGCGCCGAAGGCCCCGAGCGCGGAGGAGGAGAGGCAGCAUCGCCUCACGCAUCUGCCCGCUGCGCCGUGGUGCGAGGAAUGCGUCAGGGGCAAGGGUCCAGACGCCCCUCACUCGCUGGUCAGGCUCGAGGACUCGGAGCAGAAACACCCGCUCAUCAGCUGCGACUUCGGCUGCUGCAAGACGGCCGACGAGGAGGUGGACCUGACCAAGGUCGAGGAUACCUACGCGACGAUGCUCGUGGGGUUCAGCUCGGACACGGGAGUGGUGAAGACUGGCAAGUGCAGGCUCAGGACAGACACUGAGCAGGCGACGAAGGCCAUCCUAGACGGCGUGGUCAGCGAGCUCACGGGCAGGAUCACACCAGAGCUGACCCCGAAGCACAGCAGCCAGCCGAACCCAGCGGAGGCAGCGGUGAAGAUAGUCGAGGGCCAGACGCGGGUUCUCAGGCUGGACCUCGAGAAGCGCUACGGCACCAAGGUCACGGCAGCGAUGCCGAUCUGGGCCUGGAUGAUGCGACACGCUGGGUGGCUGCACGAGCGGUUCUCACGGCGAGCUGGAGGACAGACCCCGCACGAGAUGGCGACGGGCACCCCCUACAAGGGCGACAUCUGCAACUUCGGCGAGACGGUGCUGCAUCGGAUUGCGCGGCCUGCGCAUCGAGGUCUCGCUGGGGGACGACGUCUACACCGAGGGGGGGCCCAGUGGGGCAGAGGGAUCUGGGUCGGCAGAUCGGACGAGUCUCAGGAGCACCUGGUGAUGACGCCUCGGGGGCUCGACCGCGCGCGGACGGUGCGACGGCUCCCUGAAGGAAAGCAGACGGGCAAGGAGCUCCUGCUGACGGUGGCGGGGCUACCCUGGGCUACGAGGACGGCCCCCGAGAGGUCGAAGCGCAGGCGGGCACCACAGCAGGUGGCGACGGAGCUCCCGAAGGCGGAUGCACAACUCCAGCCUGAUGCUCCACAGCCACAGCAGCCAGGACCACCUGAGGGCGGAGCGGCGCCUGCUCAGCCCCAGGCACCGCAGCGGGCACCUCCUGCGGCAACGGCGGCCCCGCCGCAGCCGCAGCCUCCAGCGCCAGCGCCGCCGGCGCCGAGUGACGUGGUGAUGGGGGCGGCGCCCUCGCAGGCGGCGAGGCGCGAGGUCUCGCCUGCGGCGGAAGUUUCAGAAGGCAAGCGAGCGCGAGUUGCGGCAGUCCACGCGCUGGACGUCGGCAACGUGGACGACUCGCCCGACGCGUUCUGGGAGGAGGUCUCAGACGGGGUCGAGGACCCGACGGACGGCAUGUUCGACGUGGACAUGCAGGACGAGCUGGACAAGAG